AUGACGCUUGUGUAUUUGGACAUUUGCAUUGCUGAGAAAGAUAUUGGCAGGGUUGUGGUGCAACUUUUCGAGGAUGAUGCACCGUUGGCAAGCGAAAACUUUAGGAAAUUAUGUCAGGAUAAAGAAUACCAGAACACUUUCAUGCACAAAAUAAUCAAAACUUUCAUUAUACAAUGUGGUGACACCAGCGUCAAAGAUGAAGGUGAAAAUGCACUGAAAUAUCCAGCUUUGCCAUUAGGGUUGAAUGGGAACGGCAAAUCGAUCUACAACAACCAAUACUUUCAGGAUGAAAACCUAAUUGAUAUAGAUAAACCGUUUCUACUAUGUAUGUCAAACUUCGGAGAGAAAAAUCACAACAAAUCACAGUUUUUUAUUACUUUGGAUAAGGCAAUCCAUUUGAAUGGUAAACAUACCGUUUUUGGUAUAGUCAAAUAUGGCAAAUCCAUAAUUCGGGAGGUUGAAAAUGUGGAAGUUUAUUCAAACAAGCAAUCAGAUUCGAAUGCAUGGGUCCCAACCACUAAGGUCGUUAUAAAUGAUUGUGGAAUAUGGGAAGAGGGUGAUCCCCUUCCUAACCAUAUUGCAUGUACUGACCAGAUAGGUGGAGAUAUAUACGAGGAGUAUCCGGAUGAUAAUGAUAUAGAAGGCUUGGAUUUUGAGAAUGCCGAACAAUCGUACAAGGUCACGUCCAUAAUAAAAGAGUCUGCUACCUUGUUACUAAAGCAAAAAAGAUAUGAUGAGUCACUUUUGAAAUUCAGGAAGGCCCUACGAUACUGUAAUGAGUUACUGCCUGAUGACGAAUCAAACAAGGAGAUGUUUGACAAAUUCCAGGAACUAAAGAAAACAAUAUAUCUAAAUAUGUCAUUGGUUGCAUUAAAUAAGCAGGAUUACAACCAAUGCAUUAACUACUGUGGGUUUCUUUUGCAAAUGGAGUCCGUUAAACUUAGCGAUGUUCAGGCGUCCAAGAUCUUCUACAGGUUGGGGAAGUCCUAUCAUAUGUUGAAGAAAUACGAUAUUGCACUAGAAACGUUGAAGAAAGGAGCAAUGAUUGCACCUAACGAUCCAUCCAUCAAACAUGAAUUGGAAACCGUCUCAAAGAUUAUUCAAGAUACAAAAAAGGAGGAAAAGGCCAAGUUCGCCAAGUUCUUCAGUUAG